AUGGUAAAGGACCUAAAGAAUAAAUAUAGAUUAGAUAUGUUGGGUUUGAUUGAGAUGAAAAGACAGGUAGUGACGAGAAUUGACGUGGCAAGCAUAUGGGGGCAACAUGGUGCGGGUUGGGAAUAUAUAGGUUCUAAUGGUGCAGCAGGUGGUCUUCUAAUAAUAUGGGAUGAUUUAGUGUUUAAAAUGAAUAACUGCUAUAAGGGGGAGAGGUGGUUGUGUGUUGAAGGAGUUCUAAUAAAAAGUAGCUUCAAUUGUGCCUUUUUCUUGGUUUAUGGUGCACACAAUAGGGAUGAAAAGAUUCAUGUGUGGGAGGAGCUGAGGUACAUGGCUGGAUUAUGUCAGGUUCCUUGUUGUUACAUGGGAGACUUUAAUGAAAUAGUACAUGUGGAGGAAAGACAAUGUACGACUGUCCUACCUCGGUCUGCGGAAGAAUUCAAGGAUUGGAUACAAGAUAUGCACUUAGUAGAUUUGCCGUUGACUGAUCACAAGUUCACUUGGUUUCGGGGACGUUCGUGUAGUCGUAUAGAUAGAGCUCUAGUCAUCCUGGAGUGGAUAGAGGAGUUUCCCGAGUCUCAGUUACGAGGUGGACAAAGGGGUUUGCCAGAUCAUUGUCCUAUAAUAGUGGAAGACAAAAAGAUCAAGGGAGGUCCAAGGCCGUUCCGAAGCCUAGACUCCUGGUUUACACAUGAAGGCUUUCUCAGAAUGGUUAAGGAGGAGUGGCGAGGACUGGGGGAUAUACAGUUUACAGAAAAAUUGAAGGCUCUGACGAUUCCAUUGGGGAGAUGGCAUAAGGCCAAUUUUGGUGACAUAGACAAGAAGCUUAAGGUGUUUGAGGAAGAGAUUAAGAAGAUCGAUGAUAUGGUUAGCAAUGGAGUGUAUGAUGGAACAAUGGAGGCUAGAAGAAAGGCACUUGUAAGGAAUCAAGCUAGAAUAAAUAUUGCUAUCAGAGAGUUCUACAAGGAUUUAUAUCACCAGGAGCAUUAUCCGAUGGUGGGAUUCAGGGAUGGUUUGGUGAGCAGAAUAGAUCAGGAGGAUUCUGAAAAGCUGGAGGUGCUUCCAUCGGCUGAGGAGAUCAAAGAGGCUGUGUGGGAUUGCGAGUCAUCUAAGGCACUAGGUUGUGACGGGUACAACAUGAAUUUCAUCAAGAAGAAUGGCCGUAUAUCCCCUUUGACGGUUGGGGGAGAUAGGAUAGAGCUGUCACAUCUUCAAUUUGCUGAUGAUAUAAUACUGUUCUGCCCACCGGAAGAAGAGACUAUUAAGAAUUACAAGCGGCUUCUGAGAUGUUUUGAGCUGAUGUCAGGGCUCAGUAUUAAUUUUGACAAGUCGAGCUUAAUACCAGUAAAUUGUGAUGAGCAGUGGGUCCAGCGUAUGUGUAGCUUGUUGGGUUGUAAGGGAGAUACACUUCCAGUUAAAUACCUUGGAAUAUCCUUAGGCGCAAAUCCGAGGUUGGUGAAGACAUGGAAGCCUAUAAUAGACAAGGUGGAGGAGAAGCUCAGUCUGUGGAAAGCUAAAGUACUAAACAAAGCAGGAAAGUUGGUGCUAAUCAAGUCAGCGUUAAAUAGUUUGUCAGUAUAUUAUUUGAGCCUGUUUAAGAUGCCGAAAGCUGUUGCUGAGAAAUUAAUUUCACUACAGAGAAGGUUCUUGUGGAGUAAGGAGGAUGACAGUAAUGGAAUGGCUUUGGUAAGAUGGGAAGUAGUACAGGCCCCUAAGAAACUAGGUGGGUUGGGGAUUGGAGAUGCUAUGAUUCGGAACACAGCUCUAUUGUUUAAGUGGUGGUGGCGGUUUGCAAAGGAAGAAUGCCUGUUGUGA